AUUGCAGAUGGCGGAAGCAAAGUCGAUAGACGACAAGCGUUUUCAUCCAAAGUAAAAGGAGGAAAUUAAAGCGAUGGAAUCAAUGAAAAAGUGAUGUACGGGUUUUCAAACCCCUGUAUAUAUCUAAUAUCUUCCUUUUCGUACCUCCUCUACAGUCACUUUUGGACCAAUAUAUUGUAUGAUUUUCUUAUCCCGUUUCAUAUCCUUAGAAUGAUGACGAUAUGUCGUUGCUUUUAAGUGCUGGAGAAGGACAGAAAACGAAAAUGCAACAUGUGUAUAUGUCCCUACUCCAUUCAUGGAUCAUGGAUGGAAUCCUGUAAAGUGUGAAAUACUUGACAUACACGCAUCUCUAGUUAGCAAUAUAACAAACUUAACUUCGUUGCUUUUGGAAUUUAUAUUAUUUAUUAGAAAAUGGAUGAUGAAGUGAAUGAAUGCCUUUGCCGCACCAACAACUUUGAUGAAGAUUACCUCCUGAGAGAUAUCCUCCAGCAGCCGCAAGAAAGCAGCCAGACGGCCAUCGGAAAUAGGGCAACAAGUUCCUAUAUACUGUCUUUCGAUAAAUCGGCAAGUAAGAGGAGAAGAAGCGCUUCAGAGACGGCGGAUCACAUAAUGUCAGAGAGGAACAGGAGACAGGAACUCUCUAGAAAGUUCAUUGCACUUUCCGCAACUAUACCUGGCUUGAAGAAGGCGCACGUACUUGAAGAAGCCAUAAAGUACGUGAAAGAACUAGAAGAGCGUGUGAAGGUGCUGGAAGAAGAUGGCGAGAUAAGCAUAACGAGAUCUCGUGUGUGCGGGUGCGGCGACGAGACACUUCCAGAAGUUGAAGCAAGAGUAUUGGGGAAGCAACUGCUCAUCAAAAUUCAUUGUGCCACUCAAUGCGGCGUUCUCAUCCAAAUACUCUCCCAACUUCAACUCCUUCAUCUUUCCAUUUCCAGCAGUAACGUCUUGCCAUUUGGGAACACUCUUGACAUCACCAUUAUUGCUCACAUGGGUCACAAAUUCAGCUUCAUAGUGAAGGAUCUAGUCAAAACCCUGAGACAAGUGGCUAUGCUCAAGGAAGAAGAAAUCAGCACCUACCAAAUAUACCAGCCAAGUGCACUCAUUAAGACUACAUCUCAUGUAUGAAUAUUAUUUUUAAGUUAUUCAGUAUAACUGAAAUUCAUAUGCUUCGACUCUUGGAGUAACGUUACUCUUGUCUACAUUCUUUGACCUCAUAGCUGUAUUACAUGGACAUGAUAUCCCUGUAUACAAAUAAUAACAUUACUUCCAACAUUUUCUUUUCUUGUAUUUGAGUCAACACUAAUUAAUAUUUUAUUUUUAUUUACUAAAAGUGUUGAUCUAAUCCCCUAACAUUUUACUCUUCUCUUCACAAAUAACAUCAUGUCUUUUGUAUACGAUAUGAUAUGACGGCGAAUAUUUUUCUUUACUCUCUAGCCAGUAGCAACAGUGUCAGAAAAAAAAAAUAAUAAAUAAAGACAAUAAAACAUUUUGGAAAACAAGCUUCACUAUUGGUCAAAAGGUGAACAAAUCCAUGUAUCGUGAAUGUAUCAUCUCGUUUUACUUAAUUUAUACGUAAAAGCUAAUAUAUACAAAUAGAACUGAAUGCGAUCCGAGUUGCUCGACUUACGAAUAGCAUUAACGUGUUCAUGCAUUACAUAAUACACUAAACUGUGAUGGUAAUCUCGAACGACAUUUCUUCAAUUGAAUAUUAUAUCUCCACUCAGCUUCGUCAUUUCAUGUGACUUGCUAGUUUUACAUUUUAUCCUUAGUAGUCAAGUCAAACAGUUACAUAACAUUGAACAUUUGAACUCGAUCAACAGUGUCAAAUAAUAAUAAUAAACUCAUUAACUUAAUCAACUAACGGUUAAUCUUUUUUUUUUAAUCAACUUGCGCAAUAUGUAUCCGUCAUAAAAUUUAUCUGCAAUUUUAUUGACUUUGCCAUACCUUCGUUGACAUGAUUUGUCGUUUGUCUGCGUUUUUAUGGCAUCAAUCCAAUAUUAGUACUCUCUAUUUACAGAA